CAAAAACAAAGAAAACGAGCGCCAUUUCUUCGAUGAACCUUCAAGCUUCUAAUUGGUUCUGCGAUCUCUAAUUUCUGUUUCGAUUUCAACUUCUCAGAUUUGGAGGAAGGAGACGAUGUCAUCGAUGAUGAAAGACGUACCGAUGAGGACGACACCAGAGGUAUUCAACUUCUCAGGAACUCAUUUCGUGCAUCAUAUUAGCGUUUUCAGAGAGAACGGAGAUUCGAUUCGGGGGAGCCACUACGAUCGAGUUCGUGGAGUUCGCUGUGAGAACUCGGGUGGGUUGGUAAAUCCAAGGCCCAAGAAAUAUGAGCCCAGUUUACAAGCCCACGCGAUUCUCGCACCACUAUCAGACCCAACGCCCACUACAGAAAAGAGGGUGUUCACUUUUGGCAAAGGAAGGAGUGAAGGCAACAAAGGCAUGAAAUCCUUGUUGGGAGGAAAGGGAGCAAAUCUGGCAGAGAUGGCAAGCAUUGGGUUAUCAGUGCCUCCUGGACUUACCAUAUCUACAGAAGCAUGCCAAGAAUAUCAGCGGAAUGGACAAAAGCUGCCAGAAGGCUUGUGGGAGGAGAUAAUGGAAGGCUUGCAUGAUGUGGAGAAGGACAUGGAAGCUGUUCUUGGAGAUCCUUCCAAGCCUCUUCUUCUCUCUGUUCGCUCUGGUGCUGCGGUUUCGAUGCCUGGGAUGAUGGACACUGUCCUUAACCUUGGACUAAAUGAUGAAGUGGUUUUUGGUUUGGCUGCAAAGAGUGGAGAGCGUUUUGCUUAUGACUCGUACAGGCGUUUCCUGGACAUGUUUGGAGAUGUUGUUAUGGGAAUUCCACAUUUAUUGUUUGAGGAGAAACUAGAAAAGAUGAAGGAAGCAAAAGGCGUUAAACUUGACCCGGAACUAACAGCAUCUGAUAUGAAAGAGCUGGUGCAACAGUUCAAGAAUGUAUACCUCGAAGCCAAGGGUGAAGAAUUUCCCUCAGAUCUGAAAAAGCAACUGCAGUUAGCUGUUAAAGCAGUUUUUGAUUCUUGGGACAGCCCAAGGGCGAAUAAGUAUCGCAGCAUCAAUCAAAUAACUGGGUUGAAGGGGACUGCAGUUAACAUUCAAUGCAUGGUGUUUGGUAACAUGGGAAAUACUUCAGGGACAGGUGUUCUGUUUACUAGAAAUCCCAGUACUGGUGAAAAGAAGCUCUAUGGAGAGUUUCUAAUCAAUGCUCAGGGAGAGGAUGUUGUUGCUGGAAUUAGAACACCAGAGGACUUGGACACCAUGAAAAAUUGCAUGCCUGAAGCUUACAAGGAGCUUGUGGACAAUUGUGAUAUUCUGGAGCGGCAUUACAAAGAUAUGAUGGAUAUUGAGUUCACAGUUCAGGAAAAUAGGUUGUGGAUGUUGCAAUGCAGAUCUGGAAAGCGUACUGGUAAAGGUGCAGUAAAAAUAGCGGUAGAUAUGGUGAAAGAAGGGCUUGUUGAUAUCCGCUCCGCGAUGAAGAUGGUGGAGCCGCAGCAUCUUGACCAACUUCUUCAUCCACAAUUUGAGGAUCCAUCAGCAUACAAAGACGAAGUGUUAGCCACAGGUUUGCCUGCCUCUCCCGGUGCAGCAGUGGGACAGGUGGUUUUUACUGCUGAUGAUGCUGAAGUAGGGCAUGCACAAGGAAAGAGUGUCAUCUUGGUAAGGACGGAGACUAGCCCAGAGGAUGUUGGGGGUAUGCAUGCAGCUGCUGGAAUCUUGACAGCUAGAGGUGGAAUGACAUCUCACGCCGCUGUUGUAGCUCGUGGUUGGGGGAAAUGUUGUGUUUCUGGAUGCUCUGAUAUUUCUGUUAACGAAAAUGAGAAGGUGGUUGUAAUUGGAAACAUGGUGAUAAACGAAGGAGAUUGGCUCUCACUCAAUGGGUCCACUGGUGAAGUGAUUUUGGGAAAACAAACAUUAUCUCCUCCAGCUCUAAGUGCUGAUUUGGAAACUUUUAUGUCUUGGACUGAUGAAAUAAGGCACCUGAAGGUGAUGGCAAAUGCUGAUACUCCUGAAGAUGCACUUACAGCAAGAAACAAUGGUGCUCAAGGGAUUGGACUAUGUAGAACAGAACACAUGUUCUUUGCUUCGGAUGAGAGGAUCAAGGCUGUGAGAAAGAUGAUAAUGGCAGUUACACCUGAACAGAGACAGACAUCACUGGACCUGUUGCUACCUUAUCAAAGAUCAGAUUUUGAGGGGAUUUUCCGAGCAAUGGAUGGCCUUCCAGUGACAAUCCGACUAUUGGACCCUCCACUGCACGAAUUUCUGCCAGAUGGUGACCUGGAGGAGAUCGUCGGAGAACUUACUGCUGAGACUGGCAUGACCGAAGAUGAAGUUUACUCAAGAAUUGAAAAACUAUCCGAAGUAAAUCCCAUGCUUGGCUUUCGAGGUUGCAGGUUAGGGAUAUCAUACCCAGAACUCACUGAAAUGCAAGCACGUGCAAUCUUUCAGGCGGCUGUCACAAUGAAAAAUCAGGGUUUUGUUGUUCUUCCCGAGAUUAUGGUUCCCCUAGUUGGAACGCCUCAGGAGCUAGGACAUCAAGUGAGCUUAAUACGGAAUGUAGCAAAGAAAGUUUUCUCUGAUAUGGGUGUCUCCUUGAACUAUAAGGUGGGGACAAUGAUUGAGAUCCCUAGAGCUGCUCUGGUUGCAGAUGAGAUUGCUAAGGAAGCUGAGUUCUUCUCGUUUGGAACCAAUGAUCUCACGCAAAUGACAUUUGGCUACAGUAGAGAUGAUGUUGGCAAGUUUCUCCCUAUUUACCUUUCCAAAGGCAUCCUGCAAAGUGAUCCAUUUGAGGUGCUUGAUCAGAGAGGUGUUGGCCAACUCAUCAAGAUUGCGACUGAGAAGGGUCGUCGGGCUAGACCUAGCUUAAAGGUUGGAAUAUGUGGAGAGCAUGGUGGGGAGCCGUCUUCUGUCGCCUUUUUUGCUGAGGCUGGACUGGAUUACGUUUCAUGUUCUCCCUUCAGGGUUCCCAUUGCGAGGUUAGCUGCUGCACAGGUUGCUGUCUGAAAAAUGACCUGAAGGACAUGUUUCUUCACAAAACAUGGUCUCUCUGUAAAUAAAACUGUUUGGUUGGUAUACAAUAGAACCACAGGGACAUUGUUAUACUUGUAUUUCAUUAGUAAAAACACUUUCUGAAUUGUACACUAGAAAAGAAGUCAUCUAUUAUAACAUGAAAAGGCUUGUAAUAGAAAUCAAAACUCUGAUUUGUGUAAAAUAACACUUGUGUUGUAUAAUAAUACUAAGAUUGUGCC